CGGCGGCGCGCGAGCAGGGCAGGGCCGCGGAGCGGGCGCGCGUGUGAAGAGAGCGGCAUCGCGAGGCCUGCAGGCUGCCGCGGCCACCAUGCGAGUCGAGCGGCGGCUGUAGUCGCUGGAGUCUGGGCUGCAGCCUCUGGGGGCCCCGAGGCGUGGGGCGGAGGGGCGGGGACGCCGCCCGCACUCGUAGCUCCAGCGGGGCCCUCGGAGCGGCGCCCCCACCCGGCCCGAGUCGCGGCCCCCGCGGCGGGCUCUGGGCCCGGGCCGAGCCCCGGGGCGCGGGGGCGGCGCGAGGCCCCAGGCGGCGGCAUGAGCAGGGCCCCGCCGCCCGGGAAGAUGCCCGGCGACCCCGAGGAGGCCGGGCCCGGGGACGGGGCCGCCGACCGCCGCAGGAAGCUGGACGCACUACUCCGGGACCCGCGUUCGCCCAUCAACGUGGACAGCCUGCUGGAUGGCUUAAAUUCCUUGGUCCUUGAUUUGGAUUUUCCUGCCUUGAGAAAAAAUAAGAAUAUAGAUAAUUUCUUAAAUAGAUAUGAGAAAGUUGUGAAGAAAGUCAGAGACCUGCAAAUGAAGGCGGAAGACUAUGAUGUCGUGAAAGUCAUCGGGAGAGGAGCCUUCGGGGAAGUGCAGUUGGUUCGUCAUAAGGCAUCACAGAAGGUUUAUGCUAUGAAGCUGCUUAGUAAGUUUGAAAUGAUCAAAAGAUCAGAUGCUGCUUUUUUCUGGGAAGAAAGAGACAUUAUGGCCUUUGCCAGUAGUCCCUGGGUGGUUGAGCUCUUCUGUGCCUUCCAGGAUGAUAGGUAUUUGUACAUGGUCAUGGAAUACAUGCCCGGUGGGGACCUUGUGAACCUGAUGAGUAACUAUGACGUGCCUGAGAAAUGGGCCAAGUUCUACACUGCGGAAGUGGUGCUGGCUCUGGAUGUGAUUCACUCCAUGGGCUUGAUCCACCGGGACGUGAAGCCUGACAACAUGCUGCUGGACAGGCACGGGCACCUGAAGCUGGCGGACUUCGGCACUUGCAUGAAGAUGGACGAGACAGGCAUGGUGCACUGUGACACAGCAGUCGGAACCCCGGACUAUAUAUCGCCCGAGGUUCUGAAGUCUCAAGGCGGCGACGGUUAUUAUGGGCGGGAGUGCGACUGGUGGUCCGUGGGGGUUUUCCUUUUUGAAAUGCUAGUGGGAGAUACUCCAUUUUAUGCAGAUUCACUUGUAGGGACUUACAGCAAAAUUAUGGAUCAUAAAAAUUCACUGUCUAUCCCCGAAGACGCAGAAAUCUCUAAACAUGCAAAGAAUCUCAUCUGUGCCUUCUUAACAGAAAGGGAGGUACGUCUUGGGAGAAAUGGGGUAGAAGAAAUCAAACAGCACCCUUUCUUUAAGAAUGAUCAAUGGAAUUGGGAUAACAUAAGAGAGACGGCAGCUCCUGUGGUGCCCGAGCUCAGCAGUGACAUAGACAGCAGCAACUUCGAUGACAUCGAAGAUGAUAAAGGCGAUGUUGAAACCUUCCCAAUUCCUAAAGCUUUUGUGGGAAAUCAGCUGCCCUUCAUAGGAUUUACCUACUAUAGAGACAAUUUGCUGCUGAGCAACUCUCCACCGUGCAGAGAAAGCGACCCCGUACAGUCGAGGAAAAACGAAGAAAGUCAAGAGAUUCAAAAAAGGCUGUUUACCUUAGAAGAACACCUUAGCAAUGAGUUACAAGCCAGAGAAGAGCUGGAGCAAAAGUGCAAAUCUAUCAAUACUCGCCUGGAGAAAACAGCGAAGGAACUGGAAGAAGAGAUUACCUUGAGGAAAACUGUGGAGUCAACGUUAAGGCAGCUGGAGAGAGAGAAGGCGCUGUUACAGCAUAAGAACGCAGAGCAUCAGAGGAGAGCCGACCACGAGGCAGACAAGAAACGGAACCUGGAGAAUGAUGUUAACAGCUUAAAAGAUCAACUUGAAGAUUUGAAAAAAAGAAAUCAGAACUCUCAGGUAUCUACUGAGAAAGUGAACCAACUGCAGAGACAGCUGGAUGAAACAAAUGCUUUGCUGCGAACAGAAUCUGAUACUGCAGCCCGGCUGAGGAAGACUCAGGCAGAAAGUUCCAAACAGAUUCAGCAGCUGGAAUCCAACAACAGAGACCUGCAAGAUAAAAACUGCCUCUUAGAGACAGCCAGGUUAAAACUGGAAAAGGAGUUUAUCAACCUUCAAUCUGCUCUAGAGUCAGAAAGGAGGGACCGCACCCACGGAUCAGAGAUCAUUAAUGACUUACAGGGUAGGAUAUCUGGCCUAGAAGAAGAUUUAAAGAAUGGCAAAGUCUUACUGGCAAAAGUAGAGCUGGAGAAGAGACAACUUCAGGAGAAGCUAACUGAUCUGGAAAAGGAAAAGAGCAACCUGGAAAUAGACAUGACGUACCGGCUCAAAGUCAUCCAGCAGAGCUUCGAGCAGGAGGAAGCUGAGCACAAGGCCACCAAAGCACGGCUUGCAGAUGAAAAUAAGAUCUAUGAAUCCAUUGAGGAAGCUAAAUCAGAAGCUAUGAAAGAGAUGGAAAAGAAGCUGCUGGAGGAAAGAGCUCUGAAGCAGAAGGUGGAGAACCUGCUGCUGGAGUCGGAGAAGAAGUGCUCCCUGCUGGACUGCGACCUGAAGCAGUCGCAGCAGAAGCUGGGCGAGCUGCGCACGCAGAAGGAGGUGCUCAGCGAGGACGUUAGAAACUUGACACUAAAGAUAGAGCAGGAGACUCAGAAGCGCUGCCUCACACAGAAUGACCUGAAGCUGCAGGCGCAGCAGGUGAACACACUGAGGAUGUCAGAGAAGCAGCUGAAGCAGGAGAACAACCACCUGGUGGAGAUGAAGCUGAGCCUGGAGAAGCAGAAUGCUGAGCUGCGCAAAGAGCGGCAGGACGCCGAUGGACAGAUGAAGGAGCUGCAGGACCAGCUCGAGGCCGAGCAGUAUUUCUCCACUCUCUACAAAACCCAAGUCAGGGAGCUUAAAGAAGAAUGUGAAGAAAAGACUAAACUUUGUAAAGAACUGCAGCAGAAGAAGCAGGAGUUCCAGGAUGAACGGGACUCCUUGGCUGCCCAGCUGGAGAUCACCCUGACCAAAGCGGACUCCGAGCAGCUGGCUCGCUCCAUUGCUGAAGAGCAGUACUCUGAUCUGGAAAAGGAGAAAAUCAUGAAAGAACUGGAGAUCAAGGAGAUGAUGGCCAGACACAAACAGGAGCUCGCCGAGAAGGAUGCCACCAUCGCAUCACUUGAAGAAACGAACAGGACACUGACCAGUGAUGUUGCCAAUCUCGCCAAUGAGAAAGAAGAAUUAAAUAACAAGCUGAAAGAUGCUCAGGAACAGCUGUCAAGGUUAAAAGAGGAGGAGAUAAGUGCCGUGGCUAUUAAAGCACAGUUUGAAAAGCAGCUGCUGACAGAGAGGACCCUCAAGACUCAAGCUGUGAAUAAGUUGGCUGAGAUCAUGAAUCGAAAAGAACCUGUCAAGCGUGGCAGUGACACAGAAGAAAGAGUCCGAAGAAAAGAGAAGGAGAACAGAAAGCUGCACAUGGAGCUGAAGUCAGAGCGGGAAAAACUCACCCAGCAGAUGAUCAAGUACCAGAAGGAACUGAAUGAGAUGCAGGCUCAAAUAGCUGAGGAGAGCCAGAUUCGAAUUGAGCUGCAGAUGACACUGGACAGCAAGGACAGCGACAUUGAGCAGCUGCGGUCGCAGCUGCAAGCCCUGCACAUUGGCCUGGACAGUUCCAGUAUCGGCAGCGGGCUGGGGGACGCCGAAGCCGAGGACGGAUUUCCAGAGUCAAGAUUAGAAGGAUGGCUUUCAUUACCUGUACGAAAUAACACUAAGAAAUUUGGAUGGGUGAAGAAGUAUGUAAUCGUGAGCAGCAAGAAGAUUCUUUUCUAUGACAGCGAACAAGAUAAAGAGCAGUCUAACCCGUACAUGGUUUUAGAUAUAGACAAGUUAUUUCACGUCCGACCGGUGACACAGACGGAUGUAUACAGAGCAGAUGCUAAAGAGAUUCCGAGGAUAUUCCAGAUCCUGUAUGCCAAUGAAGGAGAAAGCAAGAAGGAACAGGAGUUUCCGGUGGAGCCAGUGGGCGAGAAAUCGAAUUACAUCUGCUACAAAGGGCACGAGUUCAUCCCCACCCUGUACCACUUCCCGACCAACUGCGAGGCCUGCAUGAAGCCGCUGUGGCACAUGUUCAAGCCCCCCCCUGCCCUAGAGUGCCGCCGCUGCCACAUCAAGUGUCACAAGGACCACUUAGACAGAAAGGAGGAGAUUGUCGCACCAUGCAAAGUAUACUACGACAUAUCCACCGCCAAGAACCUGCUGCUGCUAGCAAACUCCACGGAGGAGCAGCAGAAGUGGGUGAGCCGCCUGGUGAAGAAGAUCCCCAAGAAGCCGCCCGCCCCCGACCCCUUCGCGCGCUCCUCGCCCCGCACCUCCAUGAAGAUCCCACAGAACCAGUCCAUCCGGCGGCCCAGCCGGCAGCUGGCACCCAACAAGCCCAGAUUGCUUGACUUGGCGUUCAAGGACUGGGAUUGGUCCUUUGACGAUGGUGAUGGUGGUGAUGAUGAUGACGAUGUUUUUGAUUUCUGAAGAAAGAAAUGGGCUAACUGUCUUCUGUGAAAGUCAUCAUCAAGGUGCCCGUGGUCUUCCAGGUAAACAGGACAGAAAUGCUAUGGCCCAGAACUUAGUAAAAAGCUGUAUCCUCCUGAGGAACUCACACACACGCACGCAUGCCACGCACGUGCGUGCGAUCCCUUUUUUCUGUGAUGUAAGCUCCAACUCUCAGAGCCCUUCCUGUGCUCCUUGGGAACAGUGAAGCCCAUGCUGACCGCUCCCAGAGAAGGGGCACCACCGCAGCUCUCCACACUUGCUUCUUUCGUAACGCCCCCUUGUGUCGCAUACACUACAUUGCACUUGGUGUGGAGGGGAGCUUACAUGUAGGAGGGAUCCACGUCUGCUGCGACCUCACCAGCACAGUGAUCGGGAGUGUCAGGGGGUGGACUCCACUACAGGACGCUGCACCCUCCUCCAGUGACCCCAACACUGUCCCCAGGUUGUGCUGGGAUGUGUCGAGGGGGCCAUAGACUCCCUGUUGGCUUUUCACAUCCGCUGAUCCAGUCCCGGACUUGAGUCACAGCCGGCGACCACGCAGGCCACAGUGCCAGAGCCACAGUCCUGGCGCCCUGUAGAAGCUGCAUGCUCGCACUAAGCAUCGCCCUAACAAGAGUUCGGCCCUUCUGUCUCCUCAUGCUUUGUGAUAGGCCGCUGUUCCCAUUGGAUGCCUUAAUUUAAUUUCUUUUCAAGCUGCAGCCCUUUCCUGUGUGUAAGGAGAGAAAAGUAUGUGUUUACCAGCUCUUAGGAUGCAGAGUUGCAUUGUGGAAGAAAAGUAGUGCACGUGUAAAUCAGCGCCAGCCUGCUCCAGGGGUGUCACGUGGUGUUUUUAGCAGUUUGACCCGGGAAGGGUCACGGCCGGUGUGGGGCCCGACUGAGCCGACACCCGCCGAGGCGCCAGCCCCGCGCAGGGCCUGCACUGGCCCGGCCUGCAGGGCCUGCUUCGCUUGAAACCACUGGCUGCCCAGGAUGUGUUUUCCUUCCUGGUGAAGACAUUUAUGUCUAUUUUUACAUUUCCACACUCAAGAUUCAAAACUUGUAUCAAAUAGAAGAAAACUAAGGUAUACUGUAGAUAUAUUUUAAAUAUUUAAAUGUGAUCCUCACACACAACUGUGUACUGCAAUAUUUCAGUAUUGGGUCAGGGAACUCGGAGAGGCCGCCCAGGGGCACUGGCCCCGGCUUUUACCUGCUGCUUGCGGCUACGGGGUUCCUGCAGGGACCUCCGGAGGCCGCAGGGACUGAGCGGGGGCAGGGACUCCUCCGAGCCUGGGGUUUCAGAAGGAAGCAGACGUCUCCAGGCCGCGUGGGCUUUUUUUUUUUUUUUAAGUAAGAUUGAAAAAUGAAAAAUAUAAAAUUUAUAUAGAAGAGAUGUUUCCAUUCAUUAGAGUUGUUUAAAAGGAGACUGAAUUAAUAUUUUAUAUAAAGAUUUUGUUACACUAUGGGAGGUUCUAUCCUAUUCUGAAUUGGAGAGUAUAUAUAUAUAUAUAUUUUUAAUAAACUUUAUUAAGGUGAAAUAAUUUCAAGUUUACACAUGAGUAAUUGAAGUAUUUGAGUAAAACAGACAAAGGUUUAAAUUUUGAGUGCGAUAUGUAUGUGUAUGAGAACGAGGAGAACCGUGGUAUGGUCCAGGCAGCUCAUGUGGAGGGUGGAGGCGCUGGGGGCUGAGGCCCCCGAACAGGGCCCUGGGGGUGUCUGCCCCACUUUCCUGCCCAGUUUCUUCCUUGGGCCCCAAGACUUCAAGAGAGAUCUGUCCAGACCAGUGUUUAUCCUCCCACACCCGAUUCUCCCGGCCACCAGUACCUCCUGUUGGACUCAGAAAGAGUGAAUACUGGGGUUUCCUCAGUUGGCUUUUGUUUUGUGGGGAUAGCAAGACAGAAGAAAAACUAGUGUCGGUAUUACUGUUGAAAGUUAAUGUAUAAUGAAUUUUUAAAGUAUUUUUAAAAAAUGCUAUCUAGAAGCAAGAUUUUUUAAAAAAAUAAAAUUUAUCUGAAACUUUAAAAUACUCUAAUGGAUCAGUGUGCUGAUGACCCCAAGUUACAGGUCAGUGCUCCUGACGGGCGUGCUGGUUCCGUGUGAGCCUGGCAGGCUCUGACGGAACUGCCUGGUGUGUGUCUGUCUGUGUAGACCAGGAGCAGAAGCACCCCAGCUUGCCAAACUACAGUGGGAGGGGUUCUGCUGCCUGCUGGACCGAGGGCCGGAGAAGCCCGGAGCACUGGGCGGUGCGAGGCCCGGGGUUUCCUGCUCCAGCUCUGUUACGGGCGGCAUUGAGGGUGUCCAGCCCCGAGAGACCUAAAGCACUUUGAAAGUGGGCGCUGUGUGCAGUGCUGGUGCACACCCAGGGCCUCUCCUUGACCCUGCCCUGUCCCCGUGGUGACUUGUGUUUGGAAUUGUGUACGUUACCACUGCAUGGUUGAGAUCAUCAGUAUUUGAUCAGCUGUCCCCGAACAAAAAUCAUCAUCGAUUUUUUAAAUUUUGUUGCAUCUUUGUAGUAAUGUAAUUGUAUUUUAUGCCUGCUUUUUAUAAAAAAAAAAGUUCAAUAAAAGAAAUUAAGCUAUAAA